GCCGCCACCCCCACUGCACAGCUCCUCCACACUCGGAUUGACGGUGGUUUUCAUGGUUUUUUUUCCAUUUUGUGUUGAUUUGUGAAGAUAGAAUUUUUUGUGGGUUACUUGUUUGAAACUUCCAUUGUUGGUGGGGAACUUUUGUCUUUGUGGGAUUUGUUUUGGAAGAUUUCCAGUGAUUAACUUGGUUGAUUGGGUUUUUCUGGUUAGUGGUGGUGAUGCGGUGGCUACAGGUGGCGGGUUGAGUUGACUGGGUCCACUGGGAAUUCUCAAUUUCUUUUUCAAACUUUUAUUUGACAUUUUGUUAGUUUUUAAUUUUAUUUUAGAAAUUGUUUAUGGAAUGUCAUAUUUACCCUCGUAGUGUUAUAAAUAUCCCUACAAAUAACCCCUAAAAGACUAUCCCUCGCAAUCUAGAAGCCGCGCCUCUCUUUACUCUCGUUAUCAACUCGCGAUCACUGCCAACGGUUGAGGAAACCACCGAACCCUAGCUCUGACGCCGCCUUCAGUUUCGGCCGUGUGAGGGCGUCCUAGGGCCUGCUCCAUUCCAGUUCGAAAAGUUUCGCUUGAGGAGCUUUUGGUAACUAGUGAAAGAGCUUGAGGGAAGUUUUUUAUCAGAUGGGUAAGAAAACAAUUGGGAAGAAAGGUGAUGAAAGGAAGAAAUACGAGGAUGAUGUAAGCGAUAGAGAAAAUGAAUCGUGUACUAAUGUGGACGAUGAUGUCGAAGAUAAGGAGAAGAAGAGAAAGAAGAGACAGGAGAUUGAUGUUGUUGAAUUAAGUGCUGGCAAAAGUGAUGUUGUAUUGGAGGAUGUUGUUGAUGAGGAUAAGAAGAAGAAGAAGAAGAAGAAGAAGAAGGGAUGUGACGUUGGUGUUGAAUUAAGUGAAAGUCGAAUUCAGUGUGUUAAAGAAAGUGAUGUGAAGGGUGAGAAAAAGGAGAAUGAGGAGGUGUUGGAGAGUGGUGGCAAUGAUGCUGGAUUCGGUGAUAAUCAAAGUAAGGCUGUAAUGGAUAGUGAUGUGCAUAGGGAUAAGAAGAAGAAGAAGAAAAACAAGAAGAUGGAUGAAGUUAGUGUUAAUGAGGCUGUAACUGAGGGUGAUGUUGAUAGGAAUAGUAUUGAAAAUGAAAAGGAUAAGAUGAAGAAGAAGAAAAGAAAAAUUGAAGAGUUUGUUGAGGGGCAAACGAAUCAAGAAGAGCAAGACUCUGCUGAAACAAUGAAAGGGGAAGAAAGUGAUCAGAGGAAGAAGAAAAAACAACGUAAGAGGGAAAAAGAGGGCGGUGAUGCCAUUGUAAUGAACAAGGUGACCCAUGGAGAAGACAAAAGUGAAAGGGAGCAAUUGGAUGGAGAUAUUGUGGAAAAGGUUGAGAUUUCAGGGAAAGAGAAGAAGAGAAAACGUAAGAAACACAUCAAUGCGGUGGGUGAUGUAAACAGUGAAGUUAAUGAUAAAAAUAUUAGAGACAGUGAAAGUAAUGAUGCAAGUGGUAGAAAUAUAGAAGGGCAUGUGGUUGUUGAAGUAGAUAGCAACAAAGAAAAGAAGAAGAAGUCCAAGUCAGUGAAAGAUCAUUCAAAGGGAGGUAGCAAAAAAGUGCCAAGAACCAAAAAAGGUGCGCCAUCUGAAAAUUCUUCACAGAAAGAGAGCUCUAAGAAAGUAAGCUUUUCUGAUCAGGUGGAGGUUUUUACUCUAUCUGAUGCCAAAAAUUCUGAGGAUGGCUUAGUUCGUGGUAAGCGAUUCUCUCGAGAAGAAGAUGAAAUUGUUAAAAAGGCUGUUCUUAACUACAUAGAGUCUCAUGAAUUGGGUGAAGAAGGUCUAAAUAUGGUUUUGCAUUGUAGAUCUCACCCAGAAGUUAGAAACUGUUGGAAGGAAAUUGGAGCAGCCUUACCCUGGAGGCCUUAUGUGGCUGUAUAUUAUCGAGCUCAUAUUUUAUUUGAAAGAGCUGAAAACCGUAAAUGGACUCCUGAAGAGAUAGAACUUAUCCGGAAGUUUCAUGAAAAACAUGGCUCUAGUUGGAAAAUGUUGGCUGAGGCGCUUGGCAAGCAUAGGUUUCAUGUGAAGGAUACAUGGCGGAGAAUAAGAUUGCCCAAUAGGAGGAAAGGACAAUGGAACCAAGAGGAGUACCAGAAAUUAUUUGACUUGGUGAAUAUGGAUUUGCGUAUGAAGGCUUCCGAAGAAAGGAAAUCCAAGCAUGGAAUGUUGCGAGAUAAUAUCAGUUGGGAGGCAAUCUGUGACAGACUGGAAACCAGAUCAGGUCCAGUUUGCUGCGUGAAAUGGUAUGAUCAGUUAACUUCACCAUUGGUUGUUGAAGGGAAAUGGCGUGAUACUGAUGACUAUCACAUGGUAAUUGCUCUCUCCAACUUGGAUGCUUGCUGUAUAGAGGAUGUCGACUGGGACAAUCUUCUCGAGGACAGGUCUGGAGUUAUUUGUCGAAAGCGAUGGAACCAAAUGAUCAAACACUUGGGUCCAGACAGAAACAAAUCAUUCGCCGAACAAGUUGAAAUUCUUUCAUCCAGAUAUUGCCCAGAUGUACUUGAAGCUAGAGAGGCCUAUAAUAGCAAACCAGCAGUUGACUGAUCAAGAUGCCCGAUUGCUGAAUACUAUUUCCUCACCCAUAAUCAAGAUAGGGACAUGUUGCAGGAUUUCAAUGAAGAGCAAUGCUUGAGAUGGUAAAUUUUGUAGGUUAAACUCUAGAAGACAUACCUGUUAUAGGCUGUCUUUGUAUUAUUUCUUUUUUAAGGUGUCUUAAUUCCUGUUCUUUCUUUAUUGUUUCAA